UCAUUUCAUUUGAGCUCUUGAGAGAAGACUCAAAACAAAAAGCUCCUUCCUUUUCCCGCUAAACCCUAGAUUUAUCUUCUCCAUUGUAAAUCAACACACAUGGAUGCGCAAGAUUCAACUAGAUUAUCAUCUUCUUCAUCAAAACCACCUGGUAUGUUCACCCCCGCUGCCGCUGGUGGUGGUAACAAUGCUUCUAAUUCAUACGGUGGUGCUUCUGAUCUAAAUCAACACCAUCAACAGCAACAACCAAUUCAUGGCUCUGGGGGUGGCGGAACUGGUGGUAAUAGUGGUGGGGCGCCUUCUUAUAAUAACCUUUUUACUUCAGUCAACCUCACCGGCGGUGGUGGGGUUGCAUUUCCAAAUCAAGCUACAUUAAAUUUCAAUACAACAGCAACAACUUCGAAUACUAAUAACAACAAUCAUGGUAGUAGUGAUAGUGAUCAGGUUAAGAAGAAGAGAGGUCGACCGAGGAAAUAUACAGUUGAAGGUGGUGGUAUUGGUGGUGGUGGUGGUGGGAGUGGUGGUGGUGGUGAUGUUGCAUUGGCUUUGACUCCACUCUCUUCGGUUCCACCGACGCCGCAGCAGACAUAUAUGCACACUGCCCCUCAUUCUUCAGAACCACCUUCGAAGAGGAUUCGAGGGAGGCCAAUGGGUAGUGGUGGAAGGAAACAGCAAUUGGAUGCCCUAGGGUCUUCUGGAAUUGGAUUUACUCCACAUAUCAUUGCAGUUGAAGCUGGUGAGGAUGUUGUUUCAAAAAUCAUGGCUUUUUUACAACAAGGGCCACAUGCAAUUUGUAUUCUCUCUGCAAAUGGUGCCAUAUGCAAUGUAACCCUCCGCCAACCAGCAACUUUUGGGGGCACUGUCACAUAUGAGGGUCGUUUUGAGAUCAUUUCGCUAUCAGGCUCCUUUUUGCUUACUAAUAGUGGCGGAAGACCCAGCAGGACUGGUGGUAUAAGUGUGUCAUUGGCAAGUUCAGAUGGUCGACUUUUGGGAGGUGGGGUGGCAAUGCUUUUGGCAGCCACACCAGUGCAGGUUGUCGUGGGCAAGUUCAUUAUGAAUGAGGAGAAACAGAUACCGGAAUACCCUAAACAAGAGCCUUCAUUCGCGCCACCGCAUAUGAUGGGCUUUGGGGCGCCUGUUACAGCUGGCAGUUCUCCUUCUCAGGAUGCCUCAAGUGAAUCUUCUGAUGAAGGCGGUAGCCCUCCUAACCGAGUUCCUGCAGCCUUCAAUGGAACAGGCCAAUCAGUCCAAAGCAUGUCAGGGUACCCGUCUAUGGGUGGCUGGGGUACAUCGCAUACUAUGUAUCCCUAGCAGACUUAGAAGAAGUACCACACAACUUAUAAUCUGAUUUCCGAUUCUACACGAUUAACAUAGCUAAUAUUCUCUGCAUAGGUCAGGUAGAUACUGUUCUUGUGGUGUUAUUAGCGGGCGAUAUUUAAUCAACCCUUUAGUGGAACGAUAUAUCUUUUUUUCUUUCAAGUAGACAGAAUACGGUGUUCCACAAGCAGGAGAGGGUGUUGCUAGGGGUAAAUGACAACAAAGUUGCCGAGUAUAAUUUGUUUCAACUCUUUGAGUGCUACUUCAGAACCAACUGGAAAAGAUCCUUGUAUUGUUGAAAGCUGAAGACACGGGAGCUUCACAUUACUUGUGCUUGUGUCCUUGUUACUCUUCUUUUCUUUCUGUUUCCCACUCUUUGUUUUUUCAGCUGAAACCACUUGUUCGCUGACUUCAUUAUACAUUUCCAUUUCGCAAUAGGAAAUUCAGUAGAUCUUUGAUGUGAGAUAUUAGCAUAUCACGGUGACAGGAAAAUUUGAAAAAAAUGACCAGUUGUUUUCGUCUUGGUUCUUUGUUUAA